GGUGAAUCAGACAUUUAGCCCUGACUUCAUCUUGAUGGGAAUUUUUAGUCACAUGCCCACUCAUAUCUUUCUGUUCUCUCUGGUCCUGGGCCUCUUCACAGUGGCGCUCUUGGCAAACGCUCUCAUGGUUCUCCUCAUCUACCUGGACACCCGGUUCCACACCCCCAUGUACUUCCUCCUCAGCCAACUCUCCCUCAUGGACCUCAUGCUCAUCUGCACCACUGUACCCAAGAUGGCCUGCAACUACCUCUCUGGCAGGAAGUCCAUUUCUGUAGCAGGAUGUGAAGCCCAGAUAUUCUUCUAUGUGUCCCUAUUUGGUGCUGAGGGCUUCUUGUUUGCUGUCAUGGCCUAUGACCACUAUGUUGCCAUCUGCUACCCUCUUCAGUACCCUAAUCUCAUGAACUGGAAAGUCUGUGGACUCAUGGCUGCCUCCUCAUGGAUCCUUGGUGUCUCUGAUGGGAUUGUUGAUGUAGUUGCUACUUUGUCCUUCUCCUGUUGCAGCUUCCGAGAAAUAUCCCUGUUCUUCUGUGAUAUCCCAGCACUCCUAUGUCUCUCAUGCACAGAUACUUCCACAAUUGAAACAUCUAUUUUUAGCUGUUGUGUAUUAAUGCUCCUCUUCCCUUUGUCACUCAUCAUUAUCUCCUACGCACAUGUAAUUAUAACGUGUGGGCCUCAUGAGUUCUGGGGAGGGUCGGCACAAGGCUUUCACCACCUGUACUUCACACCUUAUUGUUGUAGUGAUGUAUUACGGAGCAGCUAUGUUCAUGUAUAUGCGGUCCAUUUCUAAGCAUUCCCCAACCCAGGACAGGAUGGUGUCAACCUUGUACACCAUUCUCACUCCCAUGCUGAUUCCCUUUACAUAUAGCCUCUGGAACAAAGAUGUGGCCAAAGGUACUAAGGAAGGGGAAAUCUAGAGA